AUAAUUCGACAGCUUUAUAAGUAGACUAUUUUUAUCAAAACACUUCCCUUAUUUUUAACGUUAAAGGCUUCUUCGUGUAGAUUUCGUGAGUGCGUUUCGUGCGGCUGCGAUUGUAACCAACAUUGUAGCCAUGUGCACUUUGGCACUGUGCUAGCGUCUUGUGUUUACGAUAUGAAGUGUUUGCGAACACGCGUUGUAAACUUAAUUUUGUCUCUUGUAAGCGUUGUGUUGACGUUUGUAAUUUAAUGUAGUUAGCUGCGUCGCUGAAGGCCGGUCAUCAAAAUAUUCCAACUGCGAAAGUCGGCGGUGUACACCUAUGCAAAAGGUAUGAACGCGUGAAAAAAUGACUGGCUGCAGUGUACCUGGGUGCAAGAAUCGCGCGGAACACGGGAAACCGUUCUAUUGCAUUCCUGUCGGCCAGUCGGUGCUGGAACGUCAACGUCGUCUUCAGUGGCUUUUGCGUAUGGAACGCGAUAUACCGACCUCAAAAGGUGCCCGGAUAUGCGAGGACCACUUCACAGAUGAUCAGUUUGAAAGCUGCACAUCCAAGGGCAAGAGGAAAUUGAAGCGCAAUGCUGUGCCCAGCAUAUUUCCAUCCAAACGUCAAGCACCAAGGGAGAGCGCACCAAUGAGAAAUUGUGCACGACCUAGUCAUGAAACGGCACAAGUUGACAAUUCGUCGCAGCCUCAUGAAGCACCUCAAUGUGAUGGCAUGCAACAGAGUGAUAGUACCGUGCUUUCCACUGAUGACCCAGAACCAAGGAAUGUGCUAUUAGACGGUGGUGCAAACCAGACCACUUGUACAUCAUCCAGUGGCAGUGCGGCCCUCGUUAACAUUGCACCAAGUACAAAUUUCCCACUGCAAAGUGCGACAGUGCUGACACCUUUACAGACUGUGACCGUUGCACCUGUGCAACAGCAGACUCAGACUACUGUUCUCCUUCAGGAUACAGGUGCACCAACUCCUAGAUAUGCCGUGACAUACUUAUUCCCCAGCCUUGGAGCGUACAAGUUGACAUCACAUGUCGCUGUACCUGCUUCAUCAUUGUUGCCCACCGUCGAGCCACACAAACAAGCAGUGCCAGUUCCCUCACAGCCAUCCGCAGUGUCCCCUUUCCUGCCUAAGAAGCCCCCCAAGACUCAGAGGGAGGAGGAACUCGAGCGAAGGCUUGCCUUGGAACGCAAGAAACGCCGAAAAGCUGAGAUGGAGAGAGACGAGUUGCGUCGUUCCGUGAAGCAUCUUUUGGUCGACGACCAAGUGAGAGCGCUUGAGAGGGGAACCAUGAGGGGUAGCUCCUGGUCCAGGGAGACAAUACAGAAGGCCCUGAAGCUCAGAGCGAUGGGUGGGCGCCGUGUGUAUGACUACGUCAAGUCGCAUGUGGUGCCACUGCCAGCACAGAGGACAUUGCAACAGCUUGUGAAACGGAUGAAGGAAGCGAAUGGAGAGCAAGAAUUCCUUUCUGACGAGUUCAUGGAGGCAGCCGAUGGAGAGCAAGAUUGUCUUUCUGACGAGUUCACGGAGGCAGCCGAUGAAGACCAAGCAUAUUUUUAUGAAGAUUUCACUAUAUCGGAAGAGGAUGAUUGAUGGCUUUGUGGCAUCACGCGUCAUCCUUUUAAGAGCCAUAUGUCUUAUUUAUUUGAAAUAAUUGGUUAGUAGCAAAUCUGUGAUUAAGGAAAGCAGUGUGCUAUGCUAACCAGUACCAUGGAAAGCAGCUAAAGUCCUCAGCUUAAUAUCAUUCUGCUGAACCCUUAAGUGCCUGCAACUUAUUCUUUUACUUCCACAGCUGUUGCGAGCCACAUUGCACUUCAUAUAAAUCUGUACAGUAUUGAUAGAAUGUCAUUUGAAUGCAUACAUUGGGAGGCAGAUGGCAACAAAAGUGGCUGGCAUUCUCUUACUGGGCAUUGUUUAGUCAUGAAAGGUCUACAGCACAAAUUCAGGCUGUAGUUCAUCUGUUCAUGAUGACCCACAGUUGCAUAACAUGAGGGACAUGACAGCAACAUACAAAGUGCUGACUUCCAAGUUCCAAAUUGUUUUUAUUAUUGAUAGGGCACAUAUCGAUAGUUGAGAGAAACACAGAAAACAUAGUUUGCACUGUGUGUUGAAAGACAUCUUUCUUAUCAAGAUAGAUGGAAGGGGUGCUAACUCAUAAAUAUGCACCUUUUGACAAACAAAAUUCAGUUUGUACGUCUC